AGUGGUUUUGAAACAUAAAAUUUGUUUAGAAAGAUUUAAGAAAUUAAAAACAAUGAUAAAAAUAAAUUCAUCUGAAUGGACUGCUAUUUAUCUUGUACAUAAUGAACUAAUUUAUAAAUCCUAUAAUGAUUAUGUUGAAUGUAACCAAACAUAUAAGCUUAAGCCACAAUUGUUUGAUUUCAGUCCAAAGGUCCAGAAAACUACCGAUGUGGAAGUACCUGCCUCUAAAUCAAAGGCAAGGAAAAGAAAGUUGGGCAUAGAAAAUGUCAACCUUUUACCAGAAACCAUCGAAUUGAAACAAUCUUGUGAAUUUCUCGUUACAAAACUAAAAGAACUAACUGAAAACUUCAAAUAUUUUCAACGAAAUAAUGUCGAAAGUUUAUCUCGAAUCUGGGAAGAACCUAUUGUAUUUCCAAAGUUGCAUGGUGCUAAUGCUAGAAAUAAUUUUCAGACAUUUAAUCUAAACAACCAAGAAUAUCUGAUACCGCCUCAUUGUCAAUUCUUCAAUCAUGAUCUUCUUAAACUCGAAGAAAUAUCGGCAAGUUUGACGAAAUUCGAUUUUGUGGUCAUAGAUCCGCCUUGGAAAAAUAAAUAUAUUAAACGUAUUAAAAAAGCCAAACAGGAACUUGGUUACAAAAUGCUCGAUAAUGAUAUUUUAAGCGAUAUCCCUCUCAGUUCAUUUAUUCAUUGUGAUUCAAUCGUUGCCGUUUGGUGUACCAAUAGCAAUCAACACCAACAAAAAUUGCUAAACGAAUUCUUCCCUCGGUGGGACUUGAAAUUGAUACAUAAAAUUAUUUGGUUAAAAUUAAAUACCGCGGGUAGUUUGAUUUGUGAUAUAAACGACGAUAAUAAGAAACAACCAUAUGAAGUUCUAUUCAUAGCAAGCCAUAACGAAUCCAAAAGGGAUGUUAGUGAAAAAAAGAAACUGAAAUAUAUUUUGAGUGUGCCAAGUAUUAUUCACUCCCACAAACCACCAAUCCUUGAAAUAUUUCGUGAUAUUCUUCCACCCAAUCCAAAUUCACUUGAGUUAUUUGCUAGAUACCUGCAACCUGGCUUCACAUCAAUUGGCCUUGAAGUUCUCAAGCUAAUGGAUACACGUUUAUAUGGUCAAAAUAAUAAAGAACGAAUAAGUUUGUAACAACAAUG